AUCACUCAUCCAUUCACGACCUUAAGGGGCAUAUGGUAGCAUCCAUAUCAAGUUUUUCAUCCUCUCUCUUUACAAUUACUUCUCUCAAUAGUUAACUUCAGUACUCAGAAUUGUAGGUCCUUACUCCUUACACACGAGCGAAAAUGGUGACCACCAUUGCAGAUGAAGCUCAGGUGACAAUUGAAACCAACUACGAUCGAGCCAGCGAGUUAAAAGCUUUCGAUGACUCAAAAGUUGGUGUUAAAGGACUCGUUGAUGCUGGAAUUGUCAAGAUUCCGAGGAUAUUCUACAACCCGCCCGAUAACUUCGAGAAGACUACUCAGGUUUCUAAUGACACUGAAUAUAAGUUUCCAAUUAUUGAUCUGGAAAGACUUGAUAAAGAUCCCACUCACCGCAAGGAGAUUGUUGAAAGAGUUCGAAAUGCUUCGGAGACGUUGGGGUUCUUUCAAGUUAUCAAUCAUGGGAUUCCAGAGAGCGUUCUGGAGGAGAUGAAGGAUGGGGCUCGCAGGUUUUUUGAGCAAGAUUCUGAGGUGAAAAAACAAUUUUACUCGCGUGAUAAUACCAGAAAGUUUAUCUACAAUAGCAAUUUUGACUUAUAUACUGGACCAGCAACGAACUGGCGUGAUACGAUUGCUUGUUACAUGGCUCCUCAUCCUCCCAAGGCUGAAGAGUUACCAGCUGCUUGCAGAGAUAUACUUAUGGAGUACUCGAAGCAAGUAAUGGGACUUGGCUAUGUAUUGUUCGAAUUAUUAUCAGAGGCUCUUGGUUUGAAAACAAGUCACCUGAAAGACAUGAAUUGUGCUGAAGGGCUUUCAUUACUUUGCCAUUACUAUCCGGCAUGCCCACAGCCAGAAUUAACAAUCGGCACACGCAAGCACGCGGACUGUGACUUUUUCACUGUCCUUCUACAAGACCAUAUGGGUGGCCUCCAAGUUCUUCAUCAAAAUCAGUGGAUUGACGUGCCCCCUACUCCUGGUGCUCUUGUGGUUAACAUCGGAGAUCUUCUGCAGCUGAUAUCAAAUGACAAAUUCAUAAGCGCAGAGCAUAGAGUACUGGCGAACCGGGUAGGACCAAGAAUAUCAGUGGCAAGCUUUUUCAGCACAUAUCUGCAGUCACAUUGCUCAUCAAGACUUUAUGGACCAAUACCGGAGCUGUUAUCAGAAGAGAAUCCUCCUAAGUACAGGGAAACCACACUCAAAGACUAUGGUACCUACUUCAAAGAAAAAGGCCUCGAUGGGACUUCUGCGCUGCUUCGCUUCAGGCUGUUAACUUGGAAAGGAAGAUUAAAGUAAUCUUUUUACACUUAAAAACAAAUGGUUUUUUUUUUUCUAAAGUACAUAAUUUGGCACUUCUGUGGAGUUGUUUAAUAUACUUGGGGAAUAAUGCAUUGCCUAUAUACAUAUAUCCUACUUGUAAUCA